GUCACCCCCACCCAGUAGCACCCUCUCCUGCCUCCCAGUCUGAGCGCCCCUGUCCCUGGUCUGUCACCCCCACCCAGUAGCACCCUCUCCUGCCUCCCAGUCUGAGCGCCCCUGUCCCUGGUCUGUCACCCCCACCCAGUAGCACCCUCUCCUGCCUCCCAGUCUGAGCGCCCCUGUCCCUGGUCUGUCACCCCCACCCAGUAGCACCCUCUCCUGCCUCCCAGUCUGAGCGCCCCUGUCCCUGGUCUGUCACCCCCACCCAGUAGCACCCUCUCCGGCCUCCCAGUCUGAGCGCCCCUGUCCCUGGUCUGUCACCCCCACCCAGUAGCACCCUCUCCUGCCUCCCAGUCUGAGCGCCCCUGUCCCUGGUCUGUCACCCCCACCCAGUAGCACCCUCUCCUGCCUCCCAGUCUGAGCGCCCCUUUCCCUGGUCUGUCACCCCCACCCAGUAGCACCCUCUCCCCUCUCAGGACCGGACCCUUCUCCCUCUUCCCUUGGCUCACAAUAUGCAAGUUUCUUUUGCCUGCACUGAGCAGACAUUAAGAAGUAGGACCAGCGAGGACAGGCUGUGUCCCAAUCGCCCCUCAGGGGGGCAAAAUGGGGUCACUGUGGCGCAGACCAAACAACGGACACCCCCUAUGGGGGCAAAAAAUCAAAGUCAAGUUCUUCCCCUUCUGUCUCAUAUCCUCCGGGAGUCCACCGUCAAGGCUACUGGCAUGAAAUACAGGAAUUUGGGAAAAUCUGGAUUAAGAGUUUCCUGCCUGGGGCUGGGUACUUGGGUAACCUUUGGCUCCCAGAUCUCUGAUGAGGUAGCGGAAAACCUAAUGACGGUGGCGUAUGAGCAUGGAAUCAACCUGUUUGACACGGCAGAGGUGUAUGCUGCUGGAAGAGCAGAGAGGACGCUGGGAAAAAUCCUUAAGAAGAAGGAAUGGAGGCGUUCCAGUUACGUGGUAACCACGAAAAUCUACUGGGGAGGACAGGCAGAAACAGAGAGGGGGCUGUCUCGGAAACACAUCAUUGAAGGUCUCCGUGGUUCUCUCGAACGCCUGCAGCUGGAUUAUGUUGAUAUAGUGUUUGCAAACAGAAUGGAUCCCAACAGCCCAAUGGAAGAGAUCGUUAGAGCCAUGACGUUCGUUAUUAACCAAGGGAUGGCAAUGUACUGGGGGACCUCGCGCUGGAGUGCUAUGGAAAUCAUGGAAGCUUAUUCCGUGGCGCGCCAGUUCAACCUGAUCCCCCCAGUGUGUGAGCAGGCAGAGUAUCACCUAUUCCAGCGCGAGAAGGUCGAGACUCACUUACCUGAGCUGUAUCACAAGAUUGGGGUUGGCUCUAUGACAUGGUCUCCUCUAGCAUGUGGGCUUAUUACGGGAAAAUACGCAGACAGUGUUCCAGAAAAAUCACGAGCAUCUUUUAAGGGCUAUCACUGGCUUAAGGAGAAAGCCAUAAGCGACGAGGGCAAAAAGCAGCAUUCGAAGGUGAAAGAACUGCACCCAAUUGCUGAUCGUCUCAACUGCACAGUUGCCCAACUCGCUAUUGCUUGGUGUCUGCGCAGUGAAGGGGUGAGCUCUGUACUUCUGGGGGUCUCCAGCUCUGACCAGUUACUGGAGAACCUGGGAGCCAUUCAGGUACUGCCUCACCUGACACCUCAGCUCGUAACUGAAAUUGACCAGAUUCUCGGCAACAAACCAAACGUAAAGAAGGAUUCCCGAGCGUGAGAGCCUUCUCUCCACACUUUGGAACCUCGACACGUCUCAUUGGGGAUGGGACAAAUCACGCUAGCCUGGUGCAUGGUCCCCCCUCUGGCAGUGCUGAGAGAGCGGGAGGAGUAACUUUACCAGCAAUAAGGGGGAAAAUCUAUUCCCUGCUUAUCACUACGGGGUCACACAUGCAUUAUAUCAUGUCCCCCUGCAGAGGGAGAGGCAUAAGUCAAGAUGGCCUGGGUCACACUAUAGGGGAGGGGCUUUUAGCUCCAUACUAGUAAGGGGAAGAGUAGACUCAUGGCUUCCUUCUAUCUGCACUACCCUGCAGAGCUAGGGACAGACUCAUGAUGGCCUUUUAUCUCAAGGAGUGGGUCAGAUUCACAUCUUCCUUUUAGGUACAAGUAUUCUUCCGUUAAGGGCAAGGAGUCCACGUGCCAUAGUUUCUUUACGUUCCUAGCCCGCCUACAGCGACUGUAGCUUAAAGGUGACCUAUUUUACUCCAUUGCGUAUCAAUAACAUCUCUUUAGAACACAGCUUUUUGUCGCCGCUAAUUCUGCAUGUUCUGAAAACAUGAAGCCAGAAUCUCUUUGUUUGGAUUAAAAGCUAAUAUGCCUGUGAACCAAACCUGGAAUAACCAACUAUAAAUGCAACUGACUGAU